CCGAAGUUGUGCGCCGUGGGCAUCACGUGCACCCCCCCGGCCCUCCGCGACGAUGAGCUUCACGUGGAAGGAUUCGAAGCAUCCACCUCCCUACAGCUCUAUUGUCGCCGGACUAGAUCAGCCCAAGCGUCCAAGUCGCAAUAAACCUUGCGCACAAUCCGAGGGUUGCCCACAAGUCCUCCCAACUAGCAAACGACCGUCGACAGUGCACUCAAGCACUCGCGAACAUGCACAACAAAGCAACGAGAAAUCAGUGGAGACGCGCGAACCCCGUGAUUUUCGAGAACGUCAAUACGACAUAGAGAUCGCAACAGCUGACGAUUACUUUGUCUUGGAAGGCUCUGCCACAUCGCAGAGGGCCCUGGAAGCGGUCAACCGAAGCGCUAUCGCGAAAAUCCGUGAACAAAAUACCUUAAUUGAAAGGCUCAAACACGACAAAGCGUUGUUGGAGGAGAAAGUCGCGCUCCUGCAACAUGACUUGCGCUUACAACAACAAAUGCAGCACAGUUUGGUUGCAAGCAAGAUGUCAUUGGAAAAUUGCCAAUUGCCGCACUUGAGCGUCCAUGACGGAGUCAAACCCGCACCAGCAGGGCGUUCGCCAGCACGACCGUCGUCUCAAGGCCGAGCAAGUCCACGGAAAGUGUCGGCCAUCGUCCAAAUCAGCCCUGCCGAGCAGCGCGAAUUGGAAUCGCUCAGACUCAAAGUUCACAAUUUGGAGAAAGAGAAAAAAGUGCGGACUGAGGAAUUCGCAACCCAAACAAAGACGUUUCUCCGGCGUAUUAAAAAGUUGCAGCAAGAGUUGAGCGAGCGGGAGGACAUGGUCAUGGAGAAAGAAGCCCAAAUCAACGUGCUGCAAAUCCGCAGUUUACACCAAGUGCCAAUGCUUCAAGGCGUUCAUCCGACUCCACGAAUGCUGUCGGAUGAAAUGUGGCUCUCUGUUCCGCCGUUGAGGACACUGAUUGAGUCCAAUCCUGGAAAAUCCAACGUCAGCGGUGCUUUUGACGCCCUGCUUUCGAAAAAAUUUAUGGAGUCAAUUCGAAAACUCCCUGGCCACCACCAAGAAGCAUGGCUGAAAGAACUGCAGGAAACCGCGUCCAAACUAUCGUUACUGCACACGGGGCUCAAGGCACUAUGUGGCGUAUUCAACCGCCUUGCAUCCUGCAGCGACUUGUACGAGAUGGUUCGACUGAUUUCUACCGAAGCCUGCGCCCUUGCCAACGCCGAAGAGGCGUUUGUCUUUGUGGUUGAUCCCAUUCAAAAGCAAGAAUUCUGGAGUCGCAUUUGUCGGGCUGACGGAGAAACGAUCACGGCGCGGUCCAACAUUCCUCACAUUUCCCUCGAGUAUCAAAUGGCUUACAGCGACUACUUGUCGAAACAAUCAACUCAUGUAUCUCACGAAGUCCCCGUACACGUAAGCAACGACCACUCGAUUUCACACCAUCAGCAUCACACAAGCCCCAGCCCAUCCGGUACAUUUGAGCUGAUAUCCACCAUGGACAACGAGGAAAUGGCUCAACCAAAUCCUGCUCACUUGUCGCAAAUUCUAUCGCAGCCGUCUCCGGGGUUUGCUUCCUAUGUGUUCCACACAAAAGAAGUGCUGAACAUCCCCGGGUGCAAAAUCUUUGGCCAUCCGCUAUACAGUGGUGGCCACAUGAACUCGGAUCGGUUCAUUAAACUCAAGAGCUCGUCAACGAUGCUUCUCCCUAUUUGCGACGGCGACGACCUAGAACCUAUUGCCGUCUUGCAGGUGUGCGGAAAAACGCAGCAUUUUCGUGGCAUGGGGGUGCAAGUGACGGUGGAAAAUUGCCAGUCGUUUACCGAAGAAGACAAGUACUUGUUGACUGGCUUGGCAAAUUUCUGCAGCGGGCUCUUGGCCAAGGUCAUGACGUUCACCGAAGUCGAACGCACACGAAAGAGCGAAACGGUGCUGCUCACCCUGUCCAGGCAAAUUUUUACCUGUCUGGACUUUCCAAAAUUGUCGUUGCUUGUCAUGCAAUCCACAAAGGAGCUCCUCGACACAGAUCGGUGCACGCUGUUUGUGACGAAAACCCUACCAAACAACGAACAUGUGCUAUGUGCGUGGCAAAGCGAUAUCAACAACGGCACAGUCAACCAAUCGUGGAGAAAUCGAGGACAUGAGAUUGUCGUCCACAUGGGCCAAGGUAUUGCAGGGGCAUGUGCAGAAACCCGGCGCUUGAUCAAUGUGCCGGAUGCGUACGAAGACAAGCGAUUCAAUCGCGCCUGGGAUGAAAAGACAAAGUACCGCACGAAGAGCAUUCUGGCCAUGCCAAUCAUUAGCAGCAAGGACAGUUUGCUGGGAGUGAUCCAAAUGAUCAAUAAAUCCGGUGGCACGUCGUUCAAGGCCAAAGACGAAGAACACAUUGCAAUGGUGUCACAGCUGAUUGCAUUGGCAAUGGAGAACAACAACUUGUUUCAAAAGACUCAGGACGUGAGCAAAUGCAUUGGCACGUACAUUCGGCAUUUGCCCCUCAACGAAGCGCUGUUGAACAUGAACAUGCACGCGGAAGAAAUCGUGGGCGUGCAGUGCGCGUGCAUCUACUUGAACGACGAGCGCACGAGUGAAUUGUACACGUUCCACCGAAUUCGAAAAACUCGAGUGGAUUUAAAGCCGUCCCUUUACAAAAACAGCAUCCUCGAAGAAGCCUUGACACUAAAAGAGCCACUGAUUGUGAACAACGUGUCUCAAUACACACACUACAACCCUACCGUCGAUACACUUAACGGCAUCGCUGCCCAACAGGUGAUGUUUGUGCCGCUGUUCCAGUUUGGCAAAACCGGGGUCGACGACCGCGUGUUUAUUGGGAUGCUGCAGCUCGUGAAUCGAAAAGGCACCACCCACGACUUUGACUACGACGAUUCGUUGGUUGCUAUCAUUGCAAAUCAAGUGUCCGGGAUUCUCAUGAGCAUCAUUGAGCGUCAAACGAUGCACCAACUCCACGAAGACACCAAAAUGCUCCUGGAAACAUGCAUGUCAUUCUACAAAGAGUUGAAUCACGUUGGUAUCAUGAACGCGGUGUACAACGCAACAGUGUCGACUUUUUCAAUCGACAAGGGCCAACUCUGGCUCUGGACCGACGAUCACACGAGCAUGUGGACGUCGAAACUGCUUCCGUCCGACGAGAUCAAGUUUGUCAACCCCACGUUGCAACGUCGACUAUCUGUUUCGUCCAUGGAAAGGCUGGAAGUGUCUUGCGCGGAAGGGCUUCUGAAACGCGUGGUCAGCGAAGGCAAAGUCAUAUCUGUGCGGCGAUGGGACUACAUUGGAGAUGGCAACAACCAAGAAGGCAUUCAGCGCAUCACUUCCACCGACAAGAAUGCAAACUUUACCGACUAUUCGAUCACGGCUUGCCCCGUUUGGGAUUCGUUUGGGAUUGAAGUCAUUGGCGUCGUUAUGCUCAUGUACCCCCGCGGUCGCAACCUCCACCGCCUGGAGCUGUCGAAAAUCCCAAUCUUCACUCGACAGAUUACGGGAGCCCUCAUGGUGUGCCGCGACGUUUCUCAGCAUAUUCAUCGCGUACAACGGAUGCAGGACCUGCUCCACGAGUACACGUCGGCCACUCGCGCGAGCGCAACGCUAUUCAACAUGAGUCUGGUCAGUAUUGGGAAACCACCAGCGACGUCCCUCUCGUCGCCGUUUGGGUUUUCCCUGGCAAUCAACAUCGACAGUUGUGGCGCUCUGCACUCUUCGACGUACCCGAUCAACAUGUUUACUCGGGGGUUCUCGUUGUGUUCGAUCCAUGACCUUCUUCGCCUGCCCGUGGACGCCAAGGGCAAUCGCCACGUCAUUCAAGUAACGGCAGCGUCGCAGCCCCACUACGAAAGCAAUCACUUUGACAAAUGGAUGGGCCGAGAUGUUGUGGCCGGCGACUGGGAAAAAAUCAAAUACGACCUCCACAACGCUUUCAGUCGCAAGGAAACGCUGACGGCGUACUACAGCGGGACGCAUGCUCAGUCGCUGAGUUUUGUCAACACGAUGGAGACUGUGAUUUCGUCCGCCGCCCAAAACUCCAUCGCCAACGGCGGCGGUGGACCGCGUGUGCCAAAACCCAACGAUGUUCCCGACGCCAUUCGCCGCGAAAUUGCCGUGUUUCUGUGGCAGUUUUGCUCGGCCGAUCUGAAGAUCCAUUUGGACAAAGUGUUUGCGCUGUUCGCGCCGCACGACCCGAACGGGACGGGGUGCGUCGACCCCGCCGAUUUUGAGUUCGUCGUCAAGGCGUGGGGCGUCCAUCUCAACCACCAUGACUAUGAUGCGCUAUACAAGUGCUUUGCAAUGCCAACGGCGCUCACCGAGGAAUUGCCGUACGGCGACGACGGCAUGGACGUUCCAUACAGCAUCGACUACAGGACUGUAUUCGAGACGAUGGCGCCACACUUCAUCCGGCACACGCACUUCCAGCACGAGAUCUUUCCAACGCUGCAUCCCACGACGCAUGCCAUCACGAGCGUCCAGCUCUUCUUCACGCCCAUGAGCCACGACGGCGUCUCGGUGCCGACAGCCGUCAUCGACAGCGACGAAAGCAUGUAGUAGUUUGUUCAUCGGCGUGUGCAAUUCUGCAUUUACACACCAGUCGUCGCUGCAUUUACUCGUUGCUCUUGACUGGCACGGCAUUCCACGUCAACGAGAGCUUGACGACGACCACUACAUGCAACAACGCGACGAGACCCGUGGCGACGGCUUGGCCCGAGGCGCCCAGAUUGGCGCGUCCCCAUCCACCGCUGUAAAGCCCAAGGGACACGGCAGCGCCUGCAUUCCACACAAGAUGGACGUUGUCACACGGGGUAGGUAGAGAAGGACGACAUACCAGACACGACAAAGUUGAUCACGCCGAAGAUGCGAUGCGCGGCGUCUUUCCAUUGCCAGUUCCAUGUCUUGCCAAACGUCUUUAGCGCGC